AUGACCACUACACAGACGCCGUGCCAUGAGUGUUGGAACUUCGGCACUGAUCUCUCGUUGUUACCCCACGCCUUCCUUCCCUUCAUAGCUGACACGAGUUUCUCACAUCUGCACGAGACCAGCCGCAGCCCGUCCGUCUUAACUAGUCCCACUUCUCGGGAUCCGGAUGUCUUUAAGUUGCCCUCUCCCAACGACAGAUUGGACGAGGUCUUAGAACACUCCGAUGAGGAGUCAAGCUCUUCCACAAGUGUCCUUAUGCCACCCUCGCCGCCCGGUCUUGGGGUGACGAUGGAGAGGAGCAAUGAGACUGGGACUGAGUCUUCUGAAGAACCGGCUGGAACCUCAGUGUCUCGCGCAGAUAAAGUGCGACCACACCCUGGACAGUUGUCGAAACCUCCGCUUCCAACCGGCGCAUCUGGUCUGAAUCGAUCAUCCCUACACCAAUCCAUCUUGCGCUACCCCGCCAUGUUGGACGGUGGCAAGGCGGAGCGGCGGAGCGUGCGUCGACAUGCCAGUAUGCUUGCCAAUUUCCCCUAUGACAUUAGCAGCCUGGAUCACAAAGACAUUGCCCAGCGCGGUAUCCGGGUGCGUCAGCUUAGUCCUAAACGCGACGUGACCGCUCAUUUUGGGGCUCCUGUCAAGGAUCUGGGGUCCUCCACUUCAAGGUCAAAUCCUUCCUCCGCGACUUCCUCGCCAACUAAAGAGGGUAUGAGUGGAGUGGAGUUGGUCAUGUCCAGUUUGAUGCAGGCAACCCAAGUGGCGGCCCUCUCCGACCACCCGCUGGGCUUGGACGUCAUCCAUUUUUCCAAGGUUGCCAUCGGCCCUCGAGACACCCUGCCCUGGAGUCCGGUGGAAUUGGCCCAACGCAUAGAUAUCUUCAAUACCAAUGAGUAUGGUCUCAUGGCGAAAAUGGUAGGUUACUGCUCAGUCCUGAUGUUGUAUUCGCUUAUACUGCUGUGCGGCAUAAUCAAGGUGUCUGUCUGUCGAUGCGUCACGGUAGCCAGUUCGUUCAAUUUUGAGCAGUCAUCAAAGUACCUGUGACUUACUUUUGCUGUCCCAAGAACCCAGUGCGUUCACGUCAGCGGCCCCUUGUGGGUUCCUUGGACGCGUGUCAUUUGCUGUUUUUGCGCAGAGUAACCUGGCUCCUUUUAGUUUUAUCGCCCACAAGACCUGUUAAAUUAAAUUUAGUAGAUUCCUUGCGCACGCGUGAACAGAGACUUCACGUCACUGCGUCAAAUUUCUUUUUCCGAUCUGCUAAAAUUACAGUCGUCAUUCCUGAGGAAGGCGCAAGAGUGAGGUCGAUCAGGUUCGGGUUUGGUGUGUUUCUGAACUAUCAUGGCGCGUGAAUAUCCUUGUCUCGGAGGUUUUCAACUGACGGGAGAACUCGUCCCUCCUCCGAACUGGGAAUCAGGUUAUAAUGACUGCUUAGGAGCCCAACACAUCUGCAGUAUGCGUAGAUAUGGUCACUGUUCCCUUACCCGUUGCAUGCCGCAUUAACUUAGUCUUACGGUGUUGAUACAUGAGUACAUGUUGUGUGAGUCUUCCUUGUCAAAACUCACUUCUUACUCAAAUUGCCUCUGAGCCCUCGAACUGUGGUUAUCCUCCUCUGCUGAAUUGCACUAUUAUUUAAAACCCACAGGUGUACAUGCACCUAAACCAAGAAGUCGCUAGAUGAGCGGACCACCGAGACCGAUACUGUCCAUUGUUAACUGGUCCAAUGCAAUCUAGAACAGUGACUUCUCAAUUGGCUAUUGUCAUUUCGAUGUGAACUGACGACUUACGCACUCAAAGGCACUACAGUUUGUCGAGCAAAUUAAAAAUCUGAUCAUUUGCGACACAUGUAUGGUAGCCGGGCACAUGGGAGUAUUAUCUACAAAUGUACCACUUGAUAAAACGGUAGAUCCAAAUGUGACUAAACUCGAGUCGUCCGGCGGGGCCUCGUAGCUCAAGUGGUUAGAGCGUUGGCUGUACUAAAGCCUUCUCCAUACUGCGUGGUUUCGAAUCCCACCGAGGCGCCGAGUUUUUCACAGUUGGGUCAAUAGGAAAACGGUAGAUGUCAUACGUGAUCAUGCUUCUGAGAUUCUUUUGUUAUUUGACCCGUUAAAACCAAGCAAUCAAAGUGACCAAUUCCUCUUUUAAAGGAGAGCUCUGCAGUUUGAAGUCCGCCUGGUCCAGUCCUUUCUGAAAAUUGUAUUUCAAACUCAGAGCUAGCAGUCGUCCAAAUGGGACCGGACGGCACUACACAGAGGGCGUGCUAACGACAUAAUUGCGGUCGUUAAGAACGAAAUAGCCAUCAAGGGCCCACUUACAAAAGAUAUGCUAUCUUUUUAAAUGUUAACCGAAAUUCUGAAAUGUGUUUUCGAUUAGGACAGGUUGCUUAAGUAGGGUUAUAGUAUCAAUCAUUUUUCAUCAUAAUUCCAAGACAUUCCAGCCGCGUCAGGCUACCAGCUUUUGGACGAACUUCUUUCCGCUGACUGCAAAAACUACACUUCUGAAAAGUGGCUUCCUAAGUAGUAUAAAUUUUCUCACUUGUUUUCAAUGUCCCUACAAAUUCCGAUAUAUUUGGCAGAAAACAAUAUUCUUCGUUGUGCUCAUUUGAUAGAAAAUUACCUCUUUAAUUUUUAUGUUCGAAGAGAAGAUGUCUUUUGGUUUUUAAAUAAGUUUCUCUUUAUGAGAUUUGUUAAGACCGUGAAAUGUCCAUUGACAAAGCAUUGUGUUUGUACCUUUAUUAUUACUCUUUAUAAAGUAUACAGCAUGUUCCACAUUGGAAAAUUUUGAGUCCGAUAUGACAUCUUAACAGUGCAUAGAAAUGUAUGAUUUUUCAUGUAAGUAAAGUAUACAACUUGUACUUUGAAAACUCUGAAUACACCUGUAACGGCACUUCGGGUUCCAAAUUAUUCGCGAAU